CUGCGUCGCCCUCAGGAAGCAACUCUGAAGAUCCUCACUGAGCAUGGCGGAUCGGUACUUCUGCGUCUCCUUGUUGGUGGCGGCGUCGCAGGCGGCCCCGACGCCUGCGGGAAGCUCGGCUUCCUCCGCCAUUCCCGUCAUCCGGAACGGAACUCGCCUCGAAAUCGGUCCCAUGGAGAGGACCUUCGUGUUCUGCUCGGCGGAAGUGGAACCCGGCGCGGCCCUCCACGACUACCAGGUGGCGUGGAGGGACAGCGACGGGCACUUCGUCAGCCAGGAUCCUGAGACACCGCUGUUCGCUCUCGGCCGAGGCACUCACGUCCCUCACUCGUACCUCGUGUUGGCACCCUUCAGCCUCAACAGCGCCGGCGUGUACAGCUGCGUCCUGUUCUUCCGUGGACAGGAACUGGCGUCCUCGACCGUCGACCUUCAGCUCAAGGAAACACGCGUAGCCUGAGCAGAGAACACGAGCGAAAAGCCUUCGGGCUGAAUGCUGAUCUGGACGAUGAUUGUAAUUCGUACAAAUAUUAGUACAAACAUUAAUAUAGAUUAGGUAUCUAUUUAUUUCUUAUAUUUAUUUGGCACUACAUGUAAGUUUUAUUUUCUAUAUGACAAUAAAGAUGAUUUGAUAUU